AUGCGCAGCACCGUUUCAACCGAGACGGAGCACCGCCCAUCCCCUGUGCAGCAACUCGCAGGGUUCCGAUACCCGGACACAGUAAUUGCUCCUGGUACCGUAUCACAUGAUCGCGCUGUUGUGCCAUCUAAGCUAAAGGGAUUUGAACUGGUGCUGCAGAUCACGACAACUCAGUUUCGACAAAAAAAUCUUCCAGGUCCGAUUGUGGCGUUGAUUGUGGCACAGAUCCACAUUAUUAAUACAAUGAUGUCACGUAGUUUUCUCUCCCCGAGCUUGCACCUCGCGCUGCCCAUCUUCACCUCGUCGCCCGCCGUCUUCGUGUCCUGA